AUGUCAUACUCAGGGAUGGGCCCAGACUUCCGGGUGCUUGUCGAUAAGGCCCGUAAACUUGCGCACACAAACUACAAAAGAAUUUAUAAUGAAUAUCCGCCUGUGAAGGUGAUGGUUCAAGAAAUUGCAAAAGUAAUGCAAGAAUCGACGCAAUCCGGUGGUAUCAGGCCAUUUGGUGUUUCCUUGCUAGUUGGAGGCUACGACAAGCAUUCGGAUUCUUUCCAGUUAUAUCAGGUUGACCCUUCAGGGAGUUAUUUCCCAUGGAAGGCCACCGCAAUCGGCAAAACCUCUGUUUCCGCUAAAACAUUCUUGGAAAAGAGAUGGAAUGAAAAUUUAGAAUUGGAAGAUGCUAUCCACGUUUCAUUGUUGGCAUUGAAAGAAUCUGUAGAUGGUGAAUUAACUGGUGAAAACUUGGACAUCGCAAUUGUUAGCGAUUCCCAAGAACACUUGUUAGGUUUUAAAGGUACUAACGUUGAGGGUCCAAGAUUCAGAAAAUUGUCUGCAGAAGAAAUUAACGAUAGAUUAGAUGCAUUAUAA